AUGAGCCUAACUUCUCGCCUAUCCAAUUUGCUUCCCCAAGACACCUCAGUCCAGGAGUCUGUCGAGUCCCAGCGCAAUGGAUAUGCAGAAUUUGACUCUGAUAUCGACGGCGCACGACAGAUUAAGAGACCGCGCACGAUGGAGAAAUUGGUGGAGGAGGAAGUCAAUUUUGAGCUAAAGAGGCCUCCGUAUCUUCAUUCAAUGCUUGCAGGAGGAAUCGGCGGCACGUCUGGCGAUAUCCUUAUGCACUCCUUAGAUACGGUCAAGACGAGACAGCAAGGAGACCCUCAUUUUCCACCCAAAUAUUCCAGCUUGUCCGACUCCUAUGUCAAGAUAUUCAGGCAAGAGGGUAUCAGGCGGGGCCUCUAUGGAGGUUUUACUGCGGCGAUGCUGGGAUCUUUCCCGGGAACUGUCAUCUUUUUCGGAUCAUACGAAUAUUUCAAGAGAAAUAUGUUGGAUAGAGAUAUCAACCCGUCUGUGGCAUAUCUCUCAAGUGGCUUCCUGGCCGACUUCGCAGCCUCCAUCAUCUAUGUUCCAUCCGAAGUCCUUAAGACUCGCUUACAAUUGCAGGGUCGAUAUAAUAAUCCUUUCUUCAACUCAGGGUACAACUACAAGUCGACGUGGGAUGCAGCCAAGACAAUAGCCCGGACCGAAGGUCUAGGGGCGUUGUAUUCUGGAUACAAAGCUACCAUUGUCAGAGAUCUCCCAUUCUCUGCAUUGCAAUUCGCUUUUUACGAACAAGAACGGAGAUUCGCACAGAGAUGGAAGGGGGCUCAUGAGAUUGGCCUCGGUUUGGAGAUCUUGACCGCCGUCUCUGCCGGUGGCCUCGCCGGAGUCAUCACUUGCCCGUUGGAUGUGGUCAAGACGAGAACGCAGACUCAGAUCACGCCUCAUGACCAUGCCAAAAAUAGUCAAGCAUCCCAUAUGGAGAAGGCUAUCAAAAGCCACAAAACGUCGGCCAAACUGCCUUCGCGGAUGAUACAUUCGGGGCCUCGCACUGUACCUCACUCGAUGCCUACACUCGACACCUCAUCGGUAUUGACGGGCUUGAAGCUCAUAUACAAGACCGAGGGAGUGCCCGGCUGGUUUCGCGGAGUCGGCCCACGCUUUGUGUGGACCAGCGUGCAAAGUGGAACGAUGCUUGUUCUGUACCAGUAUUUAUUGAAGCAAUUGGCGCGAUUCCAGCCGACGGAAGGUUCAGCGGUGAUUUGA